CGCAGUGUGUGCUAGAACGUUACAGUGUCCACUACUCUCGUGCAAGGACUUAUUGUUUAACCAUGAAUUCACGGUGUUUAUUAGUGCUAGCAGCCGCCCUCGGCGUGGCGCUCGCCGAAGAAAACUUCAAAUGCCCAGACGACUACGGCUUCUACCCACACCACAUUUCUUGCGACAAAUACUGGAAAUGUGACAACGGAGUCGCCGAACUGAAGACCUGCGGCAAUGGACUCGCCUUCGACGCCUCUGACUCAAAAUACUUGACUGAGAACUGCGACUACCUCCACAAUGUUGAGUGCGGUGAAAGAACACAACUUGAGCCCCCAAUCGGAACUCCCCACUGCGCGAGAUUGUACGGUAUCUUCGCUGAUGAUACCAAGUGCGAUGUCUUCUGGAACUGCUGGAACGGAGAAGCUUCCCGCUACCAGUGCAGCCCUGGUCUUGCCUACGACAGAGAAGCUCGCGUGUGCAUGUGGGCUGACCAGGUCCCUGAGUGCAGAACCGAGGAAGUAGCCAAUGGUUUCUCUUGUGCGAACCCCGGAGAGAUCGCCAACGCUGGAUCCUUCAGCCGUCACGCCCACCCCGAAGACUGCCGCAAAUACUAUAUCUGCUUAGAAGGAGUAGCUCGUGAAUACGGUUGCCCCAUCGGAACCGUCUUCAAGAUCGGAGACGCUGACGGCACUGGCAACUGCGAGGAACCCGAAGAUGUUCCCGGAUGCGAGGACUACUACGGUGACGUGGACCUAAAGGCACUCAAAAAGUUGGGAUUCUGAAUGUCAAGGAGCAACUCGAAGGACAGACUGAAGCUUAACCCUUUCGACUUGCUGAAAUAGUGAAGGCCUCUUCUUAAAAAACCGGUUAAUUUAAUAAUAUUUAUUGCGCUAUACAAAAUAUGUUCAAAUGUUAUUUUAAAAGUCUUUUACUCGUCAUUCUUUUUGUUUUGAAAUGUAGUGUUGUGAUUCAAGAAUAUUCCAUGAUGUCUCACGUGAGCGAUUUGCAGUGAAGCGUAUAGGAUAUGAUAAAUAAUGAAUACUCAAUGGGUAUCGCAUCGUCGAUAUGUACAAAAAAUAUAAACCGUUACUCAGUCAAAGUCAACCCAAGAUGAGAUAUUGUAAACAACUUGGUUGAAUAUGAGGAAAAGUGUAGGUUGAUAAAAUUAUUGAUAGCCAUAAUUAUACUUAUCCAAAAAUAGAUUUGUCUACCAUUAGGGUUUAUCAAUGAUUCUAAGUGUUUAUUUUGAAGUCUGACUUUAAAAUAAAUGGCAUUUACUUCUGUAUAUUUUAUGGUUUUACUAGAUAGUGUACAUAGGAGAAAUAUAUGUAGUUUUUAAAGGCCUUAUGAUUUUGUUUCGGUACCUACAUGUAACUUUGUGCUGUUUUAUUAUGCCAUGUCAUGCAAAUCGCUCACUAAGUCCAAGUUAUAGAUUUCAUGGUCUGUCUGAAGAGGCGCUCGAGUAGGUUUGUUUUAAAGUUAAAAGACUUUUAUUUUCAAAGUCUUUAACGUUUUGUACUCUCUAAAAACUGUAGUCUGUUUUUGACAAAAAAUUAAAUUUCAUUUAAUUGCUGCCAAAAAAUAAAUGAACUAUCACUUUAAUUACUUUGACAUAGUACCACUACACCAGUAGGUGCUGUGUCGAAAUGAAAUAAUUUAGUCAUUUAACUUUAGUUUUAAGAUAGAGUUAAGUUAAUUUUCAUGGAUUAGUGUAAAUAAAGUUUUUAAUAAUAA